UCCUACAGAGUAGAAGCACUGGCGGACCAAGUAGCUACAGAAGUCAACACAGUCUGGAACACUAGAAUCAACAUGUCUGCUAGUCUCACUACAGAAAGAGGCUCCUCUGGGUUCUACAAUACAGCACCUCUCAGCACAGGUCUCGGUGUGGAAACUGCUGACAUCGCUGUGGUUGUUGUCUACUUAAUCUUUGUCAUGGUGGUUGGAAUCUGGUCAUCCAUGCGAACCAAUCGCAGCACUGUGGGGGGUUACUUCUUAGCCGGCCGCUCAAUGACCUGGUGGCCUAUAGGAGCUUCUCUGAUGUCCAGUAAUGUUGGCAGCGGUUUGUUUAUUGGUCUAGCAGGAACAGGCGCAGCAGGAGGCCUUGCAGUUGGGGGAUUUGAAUGGAAUGCAGCAUGGGUGCUGGUGGCUCUGGGCUGGAUCUUUAUCCCUGUCUACAUCGCUGCUGGUGUGGUGACAAUGCCGGAGUACCUGGCCAAACGCUUUGGUGGCCAGAGGAUACGCAUAUACAUGUCUGUUUUGUCACUCAUCCUCUACAUCUUCACCAAAAUAUCUACAGAUAUCUUUUCAGGGGCAUUGUUCAUCCAGGUGUCGUUUGGCUGGGAUCUCUAUCUGUCCACAGGCAUACUGCUGCUGGUCACUGCUGCUUACACUGUGGCAGGUGGUUUGGCAGCAGUGAUCUACACUGAUGCACUCCAAACGUUGAUCAUGGUGGCGGGAGCCUUUGCACUAAUGUUCAUAGCAUUCUCUGAAGUUGGCUGGUAUGAAGGCCUUGUGGACCGCUACAUGUCAGCUGCACCCUCAAUGACGGUCACCAAUAAUACCUGCCACCUACCCCGUAGUGAUGCUUUCCACUUGUUCAGAGAUCCAGUGUCUGGGGAUUUACCGUGGCCAGGUCUGGUGUUUGGGCUAACUGUACUGUCUACAUGGGUCUGGUGCACUGAUCAGGUUAUUGUCCAGAGGUCUCUGUCAGCCAAGUCUUUGUCCCAUGCCAAAGCAGGCAGUGUGUUGGGAGGCUACCUUAAACUGCUGCCCAUGUUCUUCGUUGUCAUGCCAGGCAUGAUUAGCAGAGCACUGUUCCCAGAUGAGGUUGGUUGUGUGGAUCCAGUAGUGUGUCAGCGUGUGUGUGGAGCUGCAGUUGGUUGCUCCAACAUUGCCUACCCUAAACUAGUGGUGGAGCUGAUGCCUGUUGGUAUGCGUGGUCUGAUGCUAGCAGUGAUGCUUGCUGCGCUGAUGUCAUCUCUGACCUCCAUCUUUAACAGCAGCUCCACUCUGUUUACACUGGACCUCUAUCACAGAGCCAGGCCUAAGGCUUCAGAGAUGGAACUCAUGAUUGUUGGAAGGGUGUUCAUUCUGGUCUUGGUGUGUGUUAGUCUCUUGUGGAUACCAGUCAUUCAAACAGCUAAUAGUGGACAGCUGUUUGAUUAUAUCCAGUCAGUGACCAGUUUUCUAGCUCCACCCAUUACUGCUGUAUUCCUAAUGGCUAUCUUCUGGCCACGUGCUAAUGAGCAGGGUGCAUUCUGGGGUCUGAUGACUGGACUAGUAGUGGGACUAAUCCGGAUGGCUCUAGAAUUCUCCUACACAGUUCCUUCCUGUGGUCAGCCUGAUCAUCGGCCUGCUAUCCUGGCUGAUGUCCACUACCUGUACUUUGCUCUCAUUCUGUUGGCAGUUACCAGUCUGACCAUUGCUGCCGUCAGUUUGGCCAGUGCCCCAAUACCUAAAGAACAUCUGUACAGGCUGACCUGGUGGUCAAGAUAUAGCCAGGAGCCUCGGAUCGACCUACCGGGUCCCUGGCAGACCUCUGACCCAGUGAACCUUGACACCAGCCCUGACUCUAACCUCUUGCCUGACUCCUGGUGGCAGAGAGCUGCUCUGCAGCUCUGUGGUCUGAUUGGUUCCAGCUCUGGCUCUCCAUCUCCAGUGACUGAAAACGUUAAACUGAUCUCUCUGCAGGAGGAGCCACUCUGGGGAAUAGUCUGCAAUGUUAAUGCUCUGCUACUGUUGACCAUUAAUGUGUUUCUCUGGGGAUACUUUUCCUAG